AUGGCGAUUUCGUGGAAGUCCUUCGACUUCUUCGAAGUCUCACAAGUCUCCCUCUCUGACGACGAAACACGCAGCCUCUUUGAGGCUAAUGAAAUAUCCAGCGUCUGCUCUGGAUCCGAUAGCCUCUUUUUCGGCGGCAGCGAUGGAUCCGUCAGCAUCAUCGGCAAGGGCUGGAAGGUAGUAAGGAAAUUCCAGGCCCAUGAUGCCGGACGAAUCACACACAUGCGCCAAGUUGAGGGGACAAGCCUGCUGGUCACCGUCGCCGAGGACCUGAGCAGUGAACCCGUUCUCAAAGCCUGGGCGCUGGAUAAGAUCGUAAAGAAAAAUAGCAUGCCAACUUGUCUGAGCACCCUGACCAUCAACAACGGCCGACGACAGUUUCCGAUUUCGGCUUUCGCAGCCUCCGAUGACCUGUCUCAGAUUGCAGUCGGCUUUGGCAACGGUACGGUGACGGUCAUCCGUGGCGAUCUCAUUCAUGACCUGGGCACGAAGCAGCGCAUUGUAUUCGAGUCCGAGGAACCGGUUACCGGCGUGCAACUAGCAACGGACGAGAAGCUCACGACGUUGUUCAUCUCUACCACCACGCGAAUAGUCAAAUUGGGCUUGUCUAGGAAGGGUCAGGGGCUUCCUCCCAGGACUGUGGAAGACAGUGGCUGUGCGUGGGGAUGCAUGGCGCUGGAUAAGAAAACGGGCGAUGUCGUGGUGGCGAGAGAUGACGCAAUUUACACAUACUCGCUAGAUGGUCGAGGGCCGCCAAAGGCAUAUGAAGCUCCAAAGACGUUAAUUGCCAUGUACGACAACUACGUGGCACUCAAGUGCUUGCCGACGGGGGCCAAUGGACGGGAUCCGGACAGCAUGCGACGACGGUUCGGCGGCGGCGGUAACGACGACCUGUUCAACGCCACAAUGUUUGUUCUUCUGGAACCGGAUCUGCGAGUCAUUGCGCAUUCGGAGACAAUGAUGUCCCCUUUGAGAUUUAUUUUUGAUGUAUGGGGAGACUUGUAUACCAUGUCGGAGGAGGGAAAGAUUCAUCGAUAUCAUGAAAAGCCGUUGCAGCAGCGACUGGACAUGUUGUACCAACGCAACAUGUUUCCUCUUGCUAUUGAGCUAGCAAAGGGCUCUGGCAUGGACGGUCAGCAGCAAAGCAUCAUUUAUCGCAAAUUUGGCGAUCAUUUACAUCAAAAGGCGGACUAUGACGGAGCCAUGGUGCAGUAUAUUCGAGCCAUUGAUACGACAGAGCCGUCACAUGUCAUCCGUAAAUUUCUUGAUACCCAACGAAUACAUAAUCUCAUUCAGUACCUUGAACAAUUGCACGAGCACAGAAGAGCCACGGCUGAUCACACAACGCUCCUUCUCAAUUGCUAUGCAAAGCUCAAGGACAUUGCGAAGCUGGAAAAGUUUAUCAAGUCUCCGGGAGACUUGAAGUUCGACCUGGACACGGCCAUUGUUAUGUGUCGGCAAGGGGGAUACUACGAGCAGGCUGCCUAUCUCGCCAAACGGCACGGGGAGACGGAGCUUGUUGCCGAUAUUCUGAUUGAAGAUUCCAAGAGCUACGACGAAGCGCUGGACUACAUCUGGCGGCAAGAUCCUGAAGUGGCAUACCCAUGUAUGCAAAAGUACGCUCGAGUCCUUAUCGAAAAUUGCCCCAAAAAUGCGACGAAGCUUUUUAUCGAUUACUAUACGGGAAAAUACCGUCCCAGAAGGUCGGUGGCUGCCAUUCCCGGCGAUGCGCCAUUGACGGGAGGCUUCACAUCAGGCGCUGCCAGUGCCGUGCAAAACCUGACGAACUAUCUACCUUUUCCUUACAUGGGCACGUCUUCCGGGCACCCAGCAUCGCCGGGCACGCCUAGCAACGCCAAGCAGCCGGCAGGUAACGGAACCGUGGAGGUCAACGAGGACGACCAUCCGGCACCAAAGUACACCGUACCAGCACCGCGAACUGCAUUUUCUUCAUUCAUCGACCACCCAGAUGAAUUCAUCACGUUCCUGGAAGCGUGUCUCGAAGAGGGGGAUUUGAAGGUCCCGGAUCAAACGGAUAUAUAUACCACUCUAUUUGAGAUGUAUCUGUACAAGGCAGGCGAGAAUAAAGGUCACCACCGCGAGGAAUGGGAGGCCAGGGCGAAGAAGCUGAUUGAGGGCGAGCACGUACCGAUGGAAAGCUCCAACGUGCUCUUGCUGUCAGACUUGUGCAACUUCCGCGACGGCACUGUCCUGGUCAAGGAGCAAGCCGGGCUGGUCUUUGACAUAUUCCGAUCAUACACGUCUGCCAAAGACACACGGGGCGCCAUCAAGGCGUUGAGGAAGUACGGGCCCGAGGAACCGCAACUAUACUCGGCAGCGCUCGCGUACCUCACGUCGGACCCGAAAGUGCUUGAGGAAGCGGGGGCAGACGAACUGGCCAAGGUGCUCUCCAAAAUCGACAAGGACGGUCUCAUGGCGCCUCUGCAGGUGGUCCAAACCCUGGUUGGGCAGUCGUCGGCCGGCGGGGUCGCAACAAUGGGCAUGAUCAAACCUUACCUCCACGACACAAUCACGCGCGAGCGCAAGGAGAUGCAGGACAAUCGCAGGCAAAUCGACACGCUGCGGGUGGACACGGAGAAGAGGAGGGCGGAAAUUGCAGAUCUGGGGUCCAAGCCGGCCGUGUUCCAAGCAACACGGUGUUCGGACUGUGGACAGGGCCUGGAUUUACCGGCUGUGCAUUUUCUGUGCAGGCAUAGCUUCCAUCAGCGGUGUCUCCGGGGUGGCGAGGGCGACGACGUGGAGUGUCCGCAGUGCGCGGGGGGCAAUGAUCUUAUCCGCAAGAUGAGGGAGGAGCAGAGGAAGGCGGCGGGGAAGCACGACCUGUUCAAGAUUGAGCUGGAGGGCAGUGAAGAUCGGUUCCUGACGGUGGCCAAGUGGUUUGGCAGGGGGGUCAUGAACGGCGCGCACACGGACGGUGAGGUCUGA